CCAACUUUUUUUCUUUUUUUGUAUUGUUUUGAUAUUCACAAUUAGAAAAAUGCUAUGGCGUCCUCAGGAUCACAUAAUGGGGAUGCAGAAACUGAAAGUGAUAAGUUUGAAGGAUCUAAAAUUGAUCGACAUGGUUUUCUUCAAGAUUCCAAUUGUAGCUCUGAUAGCCUCAGUAAACAAGGUUUACCACCAGAGGUAAUGCUAAGAAGAGAACGAAAAUGGAUACAAAUGUUAAAUAAUUGGAGCUAUUUUAUGAAUACAAAUUAUCGUAAAGUCAGAGAAAGAUGCAGAAAGGGUAUUCCACCUUCAGUAAGGCUUCGUGCAUGGCUAAAUCUUUGUGGAGGUCAAUUGUUAAUGGAUACAAAUCCAAAUUUAUUUGAAGAAUUGGUGGAACGAUCUGGUGAUCCAAAAUAUAUAGAUGAUAUUAAGAAGGAUCUUCAUCGCCAAUUUCCACAUCAUAUAAUGUUUAUUGGAGAAGCUCCUGGGCAAGAAGAAUUAUUUAAAGUAUUGAAAGCUUAUUCUAUUUUAAAUAGUAAAGUUGGUUAUUGUCAAGCCCAAGCACCUAUUGCAGCAUUUUUAUUAAUGCAUAUGCCAGCAGUACAAGCAUUUUGGUGCCUUGUUGCAAUAUGUGACAAGUAUUUGAUUGGGUAUUAUAGUCAAGGAAUGGAAACAUUGUUACGAGAUGGAGAUAUUUUAUUUGCUCUUCUAAAAAGAGUAUCUCCUAUUGCUUACAAACAUCUGAAGAAACAAAAAAUGGAACCAAUUUUAUAUAUGACUGAAUGGUUCUUAUGUGUUUAUACACGAACACUACCUUGGGAAAGUAUUUUACGAGUAUGGGAUAUGUUCCUUUGUGAAGGUGUUAAAAUUAUCUUUAAAGUUGGACUAGUUUUAUUAAAAGGCAGCUUAGGUCGUACAUCUCUUACUAAACGUUGUCCAACAGUUUAUGAAACUCUUCAAGUAUUAAGAAAUCCUCCUCAACAUAUUAUGGAAGAAGAAGCUUUAGUUCAUCAGAUUCGAAAAUUAAAUAUAACUGAAGAAGAUUUUGAAUACGAACAUCAACGUCAAGUAAUGUUAAAGCGGAAAGCAACAGAACAAACAUCUCUUUCUACUGUUAAUCCUCAAUGUUGUUUUUGUUAA